AUGGGACUAGAGGAUUGCAACCUGCCCAUGGGUUUCAAAUUUUAUGCAAAAUACAGUAAUAGAAAAGAGUCUCCUGAUUCCGAAGGAAAGCCUGGUACGGUAGCACCAGGUAGGAUGGGAUUGCAGGAGUCAUAUAGGUUACCGAAACGGAAAACGACUACGAUGGCGAUCUGUACUUCUAACGUACGUACGCUUGCAUCGGAAGCGGCUAUCGAAGAUAUGAUGAUGCAAGCCAAGAAGAUCAAGUAUGACGUCAUCGGAAUGACCGAGAAGAGACGACGUCACCAUCUCAACGCCGUAUAUGAAACUGGAGAAGAACAGUUUUUAGGAACAUGCGACAGUAGAGGUGUUGGAGGAGUUGGCGUCCUCGUCAACACAAGUAUGACAAAGAACUUCGACUCUUUCGAACAAAUUAUGACCCGAAUCGGAAGUCUGCGGAUCAGAAGAUGUGGACCAACACCAACUUUGAUUAUCUUCGUCGUUUUUGCUCCAACAUCAAGCUACGAUGAAGAAGAAGUCGAAGGUUUCUAUGUGGACCUGGAGAAGUUCUACCGAGAAGAUCAUGCCUUCUACAAGGUCAUAAUUGGCGAUUUCAACGCCAAAGUUGGCCCAAGAAGAACGCCGGAGGAACUUCACAUCGGACCCACGGCCUACAAUGGAACGACCAGGGGGAGAGACUUUCCGAGUUCAUCAUGA